AUGAGUUUAUUUUUGAUCAUACUAAAUCAUUUGAACUAUAAUAUAUAUGAUCUCGAACUCACGGCUAUUCAGAACAACUCGGAGCUGAGGAAACUUCUCACCGCGACAUCGAGCAGGUCGAUUAUUGUGAUAGAAGAUAUUGAUUGUUCUGUUGAUCUAACGGGCAAGAGAAGGAAGAGAGAUGGUGACUUGAGCGUCAAGAAAGAUGGAGAAGAUCAAAACCAGAGCAGAGUCACACUCUCUGGGCUUCUGAACUUCAUAGAUGGGAUAUGGUCGGCUUGUGGACAAGAGAGGAUUAUUAUUUUCACGACGAAUCAUAUCGAGAAACUAGACCCGGCUUUGAUCAGGAGAGGAAGGAUGGAUAUGCAUAUUGAGUUGUCUUAUUGUAGCUUCGAGGCGUUCAAGGUUCUUGCAAAGAACUACUUGGACGUUGAUUCUCAUCUUCUGUUUGGUGAAAUCGACUCUUUGCUGAAGGAAACAAAGAUCGCUCCGGCUGAUGUCGCAGAGAAACUGAUGGCCAAGAAUCAUAAAGUAGACGUCGACGGAUCGCUCAAAGACUUGGUUGAGAGUUUGGAGAGGAGGAAGAAGCACCAGAGAGGUCACGGUGAUGAUCACAAGAAGAAGUUUGGUGGCAAGAAACUCAAAAUAUUAAGCGGAUUGUUUUCUUUUUAAAUAUUUUUUUCUGUUUAACCUGUGUGAAUGUGAUAUAUGAGUGUAAGAAUUUCUGUUUGAUCAUAAUAAUAAUAACUUAGAUUUAUUUUAUUUUUGAAGAUAAUAGUUAAAUUUUAUUUAGCAAAUGUAUAGAUAUUGUAUCUAUAUAAACACACACAUACACUGACACAAUCAUAAACUCAAAUAUUUCAUACUAAACCUUUAGGCUUUAAUGGUCACUGCAUGGUUGAGCGGAUCGGUUAUCGGUUCACUGACUUCUCUGGUUUAUUCCCCAAACCAUUAACUGCCACCUCAUCGGUUAAGCUGCUUGCAGGGACUAGUUUUCGGUUCGCUACACUCUAAAUGGUUUAUUCACUGUCCUACUAGUUCUCUGCGUCGAUCUGGACUUGCUUAGUUUCAUUGGAUGAGAUCUUGAGGUCUCCAAGUGGCAGCAUUUUAUUGGAUGACGAGGAGCUGACGUGGCUUGAAGAAGCUGUAUCCAGGAAACGAACAAUGACACAUGUGAUGUUGUCUUUGCUUACUCUCUUGAUUGCUUCUGCCACAAGUUUCUUGGCGGAGUCCUCUGGAUCUUCAACUUCCUUAACCAUUGCAACUG